AGGCCCGGGCGGGCAGCGGAGGAGCCCCUCGCACCCGGCCGGCACUGACGUCCUUCUGUUGGUUGGUAGGUCAGAUGUGGGGGCAAACAGGUGCUUAGCCCUAAUAAGGGAUUAAAAGAUGUUUCAUGAAGCCGCACGUUGGCUCCUUGAACUUGGGGGCCAUUGCCGUGCUCGCCCUGCUGUCUGCCUGACUGGUGCGAGGGGUUAGGCUGGUGGGGCUGAGCUGCUGAGGGAUGGAAGGGACGGAGAGCGGAAGCGGCAUUUCCUCCUCGGUCAUCGCAGACUGGAGUUUGGUGUUUUGGACUCUGUGCUCUGUGAUCCUGCCGGUGCUGAUCACCUUGUGGUGCAGCUUCCAGCGGUCCCGGCGGCAGGUAUUAAUACGAGACAUCUUUCGCAAGAGCAAGCAUGACUGGCACUACACAGACCUCUUCGGCCAGCCCUCCUACUGCUGUGUGUGUGCUCAGCACAUCCUUCAGGGUGCUUUCUGCAACUGCUGCGGCCUGCGAGUCAGUGAAGGAUGCCUCAAGAAGGCUGACCAGCUGUUUCUCUGCAAGGAAAUUAUGAUGAGGAGCAAUGGUGGAGCCCACAGCUCAAUGCCGCACCACUGGAUCAGAGGCAAUGUCCCACUCUGCAGCUGCUGUAUGGUAUGCAAACAACAGUGUGGCACACAGCCCAAGCUCUGCGACUACAGAUGUGUGUGGUGUCAGUACACUGUACAUGAUGAAUGCAUGAUGGAUUGUUUAAAGACUGAGGAGUGUACAUUUGGAGAAUUCAGAGACUUAAUUAUUCCACCAUAUUAUUUGUCUACAAUCAACCAGAUGCGUAAAGACAAAAGAACCAAUUAUGAAAAGGUAGUACCUUACUGCAGAAAACACUGGAUGCCAAUAAUCAUAUUGGCUAAUACUCGUAGUGGAAACAACAUGGGUGAAACUGUUUUUGAUCUAAGCAAAAUUGCACCUGCUAAAGCACUCCAACUUUGUACCUUGCUGCCUUGCAACACUGUCAGGGUUCUUGUCUGUGGUGGGGAUGGCACAGUAGGCUGGGUCCUGGAUGCAGUUGAUGAAAUGAAGAUAAAGGGGCAAGAACGCUAUAUUCCACAAGUUGCAAUUUUACCUCUGGGAACAGGUAAUGACCUGUCUAAUACACUGGGCUGGGGUGCAGGUUAUGCUGGAGAAGUCCCUGUAGAACAAAUCUUACGAAAUGUCAUGGAGGCAGAUGGAAUCAAACUAGACAGAUGGAAGGUACAAGUAACAAACAAAGGAUACUACAACUUAAGGAAACCAAAGGUAUUCACAAUGAACAACUACUUUUCUAUAGGACCUGAUGCUCUCAUGGCUUUAAAUUUUCAUGCUCAUCGUGAGAAGACUCCCUCUCUGUUUUCCAGCAGAAUUAUUAAUAAGGCUGUUUAUUUUUUUUAUGGAACCAAAGACUGCUUAGUACAAGAAUGUAAAGAUCUUAACAAAAAGGUUGAGCUAGAGUUGGAUGGUGAGAGAAUCGAGUUGCCCAAUCUGGAAGGCAUCAUUGUCCUGAAUAUUGGAUAUUGGGGAGGUGGCUGUAGGCUCUGGGAAGGAAUGGGUGAUGAACCUUAUCCCUUGGCGAGACAUGAUGAUGGACUUCUGGAAGUUGUUGGUGUUCAUGGUUCUUUCCACUGUGCACAGAUUCAGGUGAAACUAGCAAAUCCUGUUCGCCUAGGGCAGGCACAUACAGUCAGGCUGAUCUUGAAGAGUUCAAAGAUGCCAAUGCAGGUGGAUGGAGAGCCAUGGGCUCAGGGGCCCUGCGCUGUUACUAUAACUCAUAAGACACGUGCACUGAUGUUGUAUCACUCGGGUGAACAAACAGACGACGAAGCUUCCAGCAUGUCUGAGCAAGACCACGUGAGAGAACAGACGGAUGAAGAUGUAUAGGUUUUGUGGAAUUUCAUGUAACACAGUGAUGAACUUCAGCUCAUCGAAAAUACUGAGAACGCCUGAUCUAGGUUAAAGUUUAUGCCAUAAGGUUCAUACUUAUGAGUGAACUAGAGCUGAGGAAAAAGCCAUGCUUUCAUGUUCAUGAAAACUUUCACAGCUGAAUUACCACAACUGUUUUGCCUUUUAGAUUGGUGGUGAUGCCCAGCCUUCCUAGCUGGAGGAGUCAGUUACUCUAAUGGCAGGAAAAAGAGAGAUGCUGCAGCCCUUUCUUGCUAUGGAAUCAGAUCUUCUGCACAUAUGCAGUGUAGUAUGCAAAAGGUUUGAUACCCUUGGAAAGGGGAAGAGCUGGGAGUUUAGCCUGCUUCUACCUGCCCUCUUCCCCAAAACAGUUCCAGAACAGAAAACCAAAUCAAGUAGGAUGUAGGCUGAUUUUUCUCACAACAGCCUCCUCCUGGCUGCCAUCUCUUCAUGGGAGCAGGACAAAUACUUUUCGGUGUGCCUGCUUAUGCAGAGCAUAUCUGAUAGGCUUGACUGGGGGAGCACAGGAUCUGGGAGCUCUUGGGAAGGGGGUUAGCAAGAAAGAUGCUUUGGACCAAAAGUUUCUGGAAAUGUUCUGUUAGUGAAUGACCUUUUUCAGUGGCUUUGUAAGCCACCGACAGAGUACUCCUGAAGUCCUGUGUACCCAAGAUACCACUUCAGAAUAAUUUACCAUGACUUGCACUGAAUAAUCCAGUAACUGACACAGCUUCAGUUCAGUGAGAAACUAUUUCUUGUGAAUAGCAACAUCUUAGUUCUUGAGGAGGCUUUUUAGAGGGAAAGUUGGUUAAAGGAGACGUCUUUUUUAGCUGUUUACAGGAGGGUUUUAAAGAAAUAAUGAUGACUGACAAAUGUGGGUUUUUUUAAAGUCUCGUUAAAGAUCUUCCUUCAUAAUCACCUGAAAAUGAUCGAUAGCAAGUCUGUUAACUGUUUAAGCGUGGAUGUUGAGAGCGAAGUUUGCAGAGGUUAGCAAGCUCUGGCGUUCAUGUGUAUAAUUUGACUGUGAAAAAAAGAAAACAUGGAAGCAUUUGUUUUCUGACUGGCUCUUAGGGGGUCAAAAAUAUCUUGUUGGACCUGAAACUUCAUUUCCCAUAUGAAUAUAGGGUGAGAAAAAGAUUGGUGGUCUAUACUGAUAGUAAAGGUUAAGAACACAUACAACAGUACACAGAAACUGUCAAUUUGGCAUAUCUGAAGCUUCUCAGGUUAAAAGCUUCUCAGGUGAAAACAUCUUCAUGGUUAACAGAAGUAAAAAUCUGCUUCCUUUUUUCUUUCUGUUGUAUGUAUUUUAACCCUGCAGCAGGUGAGAGCUACGAGUUGAGGUUUAAAAUUUGUCACUAAGUAAUUUAGUUAAGUCCAGUUGAGUUACUGAAGGUGAUCUUACAUUCAGCAUAAAUUCUUUUCCUAACUGGAUCGUGCAUAAACCAAGAUCAUAAGAGAAGUUGAGAGCCUUGGUCUGAAUUUUGAAUGUUGCUGCUUUUGUCAGAACUCUCCCGGUCUUUUUUUUUUUUUUUUUUUUUUUUCUCCCCCUUUUUUCUUUAUGCUAACUGAAAGCGAUACCGUUGGGUAAAGUAAGCUAUGUUUCUAGGUUUUGUAAAAUGAAACUGUUUUUCAACAAUCUGUAAAAUGAUAUUUGCAUUAACAGUGAAUGAACUAUUUAUAUUUUAAAAUAAUUUAUUGAAACCUUGGCAAAGUCAGUAUUUUUAAAACCUUCAAUUGUAAUCCUCUUUGGAGAGCAUUUUUAACUUGAUGGUAUUCAUUGUAGAAAGUGUAUGUACUAGAUCUUAAAUACUACUGAUUAUCAGUGAAUUUCUAGCUGCCUGAAAAUGUGAUUAGUGUGUAAUGAACUGUAAAACAGAAGCCAUUUGUAAAUUCUAUAUUCAUUAGCCUUGUACACCUCAUCUUAAUUAUUUUAUUGUAUGUAAAUAUAGAAAACAAAAUAAUAGUUAAAUCUAUGUAAAAAGUGUUUAAAAUACCCAGAGGUAUACUAUGUUAGAUAAAUCCACUACCCUUUUUUUUUUUUUUUUAGUUACGAUGUUCA